CAUCUUCAAUUCUUGGUUUCAAGAGACACAAAUAUCCUUAUCUUGCCAUGUCGCCGUUGCUGUAUUCCAAAGUGAGCAGUGAAAGCUCCAGAGAGGACUCGAUCGAGCAACAAGAAAACGUUCGCAGACCAAGCCGAUGGAGGAGGAUAAAAGAGAAGGUGCACAUUCUUAGGUGGCCCGUCACGUUUUUCUUGCUUAUCACCAUAUUAUUCUGCGAGUUUUCAAUUCUUCGUCAUCAGCCGAGUAAACCCCAGGUGGGAUCAGAUAUAAACGGCAUUAUUCCAACCUUCUCGCUGGAGAAGAAAGUCUUCCACAACGACAAGAGAUUUGCAUCGGACCACCGCACCACAGAAUCCAUCAACGCGACCAUGCGUGAAUGGGAUAACCUCAUUCCCUUCGGUGGCGGCUUCCUCGAAGUCGCAGACUACACAUCGUACGACCUCCCGCCGCCCAUGCACUUCCCCAACAUACCGGGCAAACAAGUCUUCUCGCUCGCCAUCUUCCACCAGCUGCACUGCCUGAUGCACCUCUCCGACUUCAUGGACAAGCUUGUCGUGCAGAUCCGUAACCGCGACUUCUCGCUCGACGACAAUUUCCUGUGGCACAACGACCAUUGCUUCAAUUACAUUCGCCAUGCCAUCAUGUGCUUUGGCGAUACCACGCUCGAGGGCCAGACCCUGACGCCCGGUCUGGAACAUGUACCUGGCACAGAUGGCACGGGCGCCACGCACAUGUGUAGGAAUUUCGACGAGAUUAGGGAGUUUGCGGAGAAGAGGAGGUUGUCGGAGAAGAAGGAGCAGUUGUGAGGUUUUGAGUCGGUUUAAGAGGGGGUGCGGGGUGUGGAGUUGCUGUGUAUGUUGUAUACCAUCGUAUGAGUCUCGCUCAAUGUUGGUAUUUGAUGGUUCCACGUAUGUUGAUGUUUCUUUUACGCUAUGAACUGGGUAAUUUUCUAUCCUUGCGGUGACAGCUCACGAGAUAUCUAUGUUACGCAUAUGGAUAGUAACUAUUGUAUGAUUGUGGAACCAAGGUAAUUGCUGCUGAAAUGUUUUCUCCAUCAGAAAGCGUAAUCGGGGAAUCCGAGAAGACUGCCAAUCUACUUAAGUUGAUAUGACUGAAGCUGUAUUGUCGCUUCAUGAACAAGAGCAACAAAUGGUUUCUAAUUAGUUUUCCGUGUACGCACGCUUCUUGACUGGGCUAAUGCAUAUUUUGACGUUAUCAAUGGCAGCGGGCGUCUUAAGGCGUAUAAUGAUGGAAUGAACAAGUACACAUUUAGUUUCAGCCAACUAGGCAGUAAAUAACCAAGGC